CAGGAGAACACCACAAAACAACAUAACAGAACACAAGAGAACACAACACAACAGAACAGAACACAAGAGAACACACGCAGAGGAGAGGUCUGGGGACCGACUAAGGAUGCCAUCAUGAUUUCUGCUUCUCCCUGUCGGUUUGAGAACAAGGUCUGUAAUAAGAGAAACAAUGAAAGUAAUUGGAUUAAACACGGAUUACCAGUGUGCUCCUAAGGCCAGCGAGGCAGCGGCAGUUUUCUCUUAAACCCAAAAUAACGCUUUUCAGGGACGCGCUCUAUUUUUAUUCUGCAAGAUCAACUUCCAGACCACUGAUUGGUUGAUGCGGUGGCGUCCCGCCCGGCUAGCUACCAGAACAGACCAGAGAGAGGGAUGGAGAGUCUGGACGAACUAGAGCACCCUCUCCUAGGACGGGAGAGUCCCAAGGCAGACCCCCGAGGCCUGGGUAACACCUGCACCCCUAACCGCCUGAGGUGCGAGGAGGAUCAGACUCUGCCCCCGCUGGGCUGGAGGGGUUACUGCGGGGGGCCAGGAGAACCAGGACCAGGGGCACUCCGGCACCAGCAGGCCCAGCAGCUGUUAGAUCCCUGCUCCCUCCCCAACACUCUGGAGACCAUGUACCCACCAGCCCCUCUCUGGGGCCGACCUGACCCUGACACCUUGGGCCUGGGGAACAAGGACUACCUGGAAACCACGUUCGUGGACAUCCACCCCGAGUCACCGAUGGAGAGGAAACUGUUGGCAGAGAGCCAACAGGAUGCUCACUCCGUCUUCUACAGCCUAGAGGACGAAGACGAGCUGCUGCCCAACUACGAGGACUCGUCCAGCGACGAGGACUUCAGUGAUACGGACAGUGACAGUAACUUCCCCCUGAUGAUUCCACAGGAUUACCUGGGCCUUGCCUUCUUCUCCAUGCUCUGCUGUUUCUGGCCUCUAGGCAUCGCUGCCUUCUACCUGUCUCAAAAGACCAACAAGGCGUCGGCUCAGGGGGACUUCCAGGGAGCAGGUGCAGCAUCCCGCCAGGCCCUAUGGCUCUCUGUCCUCUCUAUGGUGUUUGGGAUCAUCACGUACAUCUGUGCCAUCUCUGCUCUCAUCUCCUAUCUGUCUGGGAAGCCGCCGUAAUCCCUGGCUGGAGCCACAGAACACACACGGUGUAU